AUGAAAGAAAAGGAAAAAAAAGAAAAUAUACCUGACGGCUCUCCUGACGUCACACUGGUACGUUUCUACCCGAUGGAAAGAGUUAUCGUAGCUGGAGAUUUUAAUGCGAGAUCAACGAGCUGGCGUGAUACGAUUACCAACGAUCGAGGUACAUUGUUGGAGAGGUGGCUUGACUCGAUGGGUCUGGUUGUGGCUAAUAAUAGUUCGAGACCUACUUGCGAAAGAGACCAGGGAAAGUCGAUCGUUGAUCUCACCCUGGUUUCAGGUAGGAUGGUACGAGACGGCUUUACAUGGAGGUUGAUGAGUGAUCUGGUAUCCUUCUCGGAUCACAGAUACAUGCGUUGGCAGUUUGGACGCUUUGAGCCGCGAAAAUUUAAUACUUUGGUGCGCAAAGGCUGGAAUCCAGACAAAGUCGAUCCUGACAAGUUCAUGGACGAAUAUCUUAGAUGUGCUGAUGUACUGUGUGAUCGUACGAGCUUAGCUAACGACUUCUCUCACUCGCUCACUCGGUUGUUGUCUCGUGUCUGCGACUUGUCAAUGCCUAGAUCUAGACAAGUGCACAUAAGAAGGGCCUACUGGUGGAAUGAGGAGAUAGCCGAAUUACGCAGACUAUGUAUUCAAACACGACGGAAGCUAACCAGAGCUCGAAGACGAAAAGACCGCAAUCCGCAGCAAUAUGAAGACUUCCGGCUGCAGUAUAGUCAACGGUCUCGGAAUAUGAGGAAUGCGAUCUCGCGCUCUCAAAAACUGGCCUGA